CUGGCGAGGCUCACGCUCCGGAGGACUUCGCGAGUGCGGCGGAGACCAUAAGACAUAUCAUGGAACAUCUAGAAGGUGUCAUCAACAAACCAGAGGCAGAGAUGUCGCCACAAGAACUGCAGCUCCAUUACUUCAAAAUGCAUGAUUAUGAUGGCAAUAAUUUGCUUGAUGGCUUAGAACUCUCCACAGCCAUCACUCAUGUCCAUAAGGAGGAAGGGAGUGAACAGGCACCACUAAUGAGUGAAGAUGAACUGAUUAACAUAAUAGAUGGUGUUUUGAGAGAUGAUGACAAGAACAAUGAUGGAUACAUUGACUAUGCUGAAUUUGCAAAAUCACUGCAAUAGAUGUUAUUUGGCCAUCUCCUGGUUAUAUGCAAAUGUGACCUGUGAUAAUGUGAUUGAACACUUUAGUAAUGCAAAAUAACCCAUUUCCAACUACCGCUGCAGCAUUUUGGUAAAAACCUGUAGCAAUUUUUUACACUGGGGCAAGAAGAGAUCAAGAGAAAUGAAAGAGAAGAGAAAUGGGACAUCUGAUAGUCCCUAAGUGCUAUUAAAUACCUUAUUGGACAAGGGCUUGCUUAAAGCAUCUGUCUUAGUGUUUUCAUGCUGCUGAUAAAGGCAUACCCAAAACUGGGGAAAAAAACCAGGUUUAAUUGGACUUAACAGUUCCACAUGGCCAGGGAGGCCUCAGAAUCAUGGCAGGAAGUGAAAGGCACUUCUUACAUGGUGGCAAGAAAAAAUGAGGAAGAAGCAAAAGCAGAAACCCCUGAUAAACCCAUCAGAUCUCAUAGACUUAUUCACUGUUAUGAGAAUAGCAAUGGGAAAGACCAGCCUCCAUGGUUCAAUUACUUCUCCCCGAGUCCCUUCCACAACACAUGGGAAUUCUGGGAGAUACAAAUUCAAGUUGAGAUUUGGGUGGAGAACACAGCCAAACCAUGUCAGCAUCCUUUCAAGAAUAUUGGAUAAUUGGAGCUGAGUACUCAGGAACUUGACUAUAGUAGAAUACUGCUAGUUGCUUAAUUUUAAUUCACGUUACCUGAAAAGCAAAACAACAGGCUUUGCUAAGUGGACAUUUCAGUUACAGUGAAGGAGUGGAGUGAAUGCCAAAUGUUUGCCCUAGUGGUUCCUAUUUCUUCAGGUAAACACGGUCAGUAUUCUGUAAAGUUCUCUGGCCUAAAUGAUUACUUGCUCUGGGCAAGUGGAUAUUUAUUAGGCUAUUUCAAAGCCGCAGCAUAAGAAGAAUGUCAAAUACUGAGUUCAGCCUAGUCGCAGAUGCUAAGAUUCUGUAUCCUCUGGCAUUUCGAAAUAAUACACUACUGGCUUAAGUGAUUACUCUUUUUCAGAUUUUUAGGAUUUAUAAAACUAUGGCCUCAUCCUUAUACUUUAUUGCUGUUCUGUCUUUUUCAACCUGGAAGAGACCUUGAAUUUAAGUGUCUUCUCUAAUCAAUUAGUGUUAGCUUUCUUAAUAUUUCUAUUUCACUCUUGUUUCUAGGGUUUCUUAUUUGCAGUUUAGGAACUAUUAGAAAUGUCAGGACUUUAUCAGCAGGGGUAAAACUGCCACCUAACCUAGCCUAAGUAGGAAGUGAAAAGAUAAUUCACCAAACAAUUAUUAACCAGAUAGAAGUUCUAGUCAGGAGGAAUAUUGUUGAAGUUACCUCUUUUAGCCUAGAUACAUGGAUUCUUUUCAAAUCAGGAAAGAUUACAAAAGGAACCCAAAAACCCAGUUAACAGUGUGAAUCUUAAUAGUAUUUGAAAAUGAGAAGAAACAGCAGAUGGUAGUUUGGUUUAUUGGAUGUGACAGACAUAUUUUAAUAGAAAACCUGAAGCCAUGAUUGAAUGGGGAAAAGACUACAUAAAAUUUGCCAUAAGAUAUAGACAGACUUAUUUUCUUUAUUAAAGUAUUAUAAAACAUAUGUAUUUGUAAAAAUGGUUUCCUGUGUCAAGUAUUUGUGCAGUCAGAGCUGACUUGUAAACUAUUCUUGUAAUAUCUCAUUAUUUUGAAAGAUUUAUAUGAGAAAUUCCGGAUAUAUCACCAAUAAAACUGAUGAA